UAGACACACAAAGACAUGCGCACUCAACUUAAUCAGCCAUUUUUUUAAACAGGGCCAAAACGAUAAUAAUUAGCAGAAUAAAGACAUAUCGGAUUUUCAUUUCCUUUCCUCCGUUUCCCGACCCUCGUCCACAAGAGAAACUGCGAGGCAGCCCGUCGAAACGUCGUUUCACCGCCACCGGAACCAAAAUAAGGGAUAGCUCUCUAAGCGCUUGACAUUUGUGGUUUUACCCCUAUUUUCCCAUUAUAAAGUUGGAGGAUUAUUGUAAUUUUCCCUGUUUUUCCACCUUUUGUUGUCUAAUUACGCAAGCCGCUGGAUGUGACUGUUUUAUAAACCCAAGAGCAAAGAGAGAAGCGGAGGUGACGGUUUUGGAGGGGGAAGAAAGUCCCUUUUGGGCUGGAUGAGAUGAGAUCCCUAUGUAGUGGUCGUCAUGGCAACUUGUGACUCUCCCCCUAUGGUGUCGUCACGGCAGCAGGAACAUGGUGGCCAGAGGUUGGAUGCUGCUGCGGAGGACAACACAGUCGUCUCCAUGGAGACCAGUGUCGCAAACAGCAACAAUGCCAACAACAACCACUCAUCACCUGCCACCAUUGGAGAGCCAGAAAAUAGCCUUGGAGGGCCUGUUGUGAGCCCGCUUAGGUCCACUUCUACUCCCACCACUGUCAGUUCAACCAUCGACCCUGCAACUGAGCAGAGUCGGAGAGAAAGCUUUAAUACCAGUAACAAAGGGAGUGUUACUGGAACUUUACCAGGAGGUGGAGGAGGAGCAGCUUUGGGUUCAGACUGUUCUGCCCCUGCCACAUCCCCUGUGGCACCGGCAAAAGAGAUCCCCUGCAACGAAUGUUCUAAUUCCUUCUCCAGUUUACAAAAAUACAUGGAGCACCACUGCCCCAAUGCCCGUCUGCCUACAGGUGGAGGUCACUUGGAGGAUGAGGAGGUUGAAGGCAUUAUAGGGGAGGAGAGUGAAGAUGAAGGAGACCAAGAGGUGGGUGCUGCAGAAAUGGGGGAGAUGAACAGUGAGAUGGAGAUGGAAGAGGACAGUGAUGUGGAGAAUCUGUGCAGCGAGAUCAUCUACCAGCCCGAUGGCUCUGCCUUCAUCUUGGAGGACUCCAAAGAGCAGUGUGGCAACCAGGGGGGGCUCCCUGGGGCUCUUCAAUUCAGGAGCCUGCUGCCCCCCCAAACCUUCUCCAGUGCUCAGGCCAACAGUGGUCAGAGAGGCCUGAGCCCAGGAAGGGAGCGGUUAGAGCAGCCCACUGCACCCAUGUCCUUCUACCCCCAGAUCAUCAACACCUUCCACAUCGCCUCAUCCCUUGGGAAUAAAUCCCUAGCGUCCGACCACCCCUCCUUUCCAAAUACCUCACCUGGAGGGUUGGGCGGCGUUGGUCCUGUGUUGCACAGUUUCCGAGUCUAUGACCUCCGCCACAAGACCGACAAAGACUAUCUGAAGGCGGAUGGUGCAGCCAAAAACUCCUGUGUGUCCAAAGAUGUCCCCAACAAUGUGGACUUGUCCAAGUUUGAGGGCUGUGUAGCCGAUGGGCGGCGGAAGCCUGUGCUGAUGUGUUUCCUGUGCAAGCUGUCUUUUGGCUACAGCCGUUCUUUCGUGACACAUGCUGUCCAUGACCACCGUAUGACCCUGAAUGAGCAGGAGCAGAAGCUGCUGAGCAAUAAGCAUGUCUCUGCUAUCAUCCAGGGCAUCGGGAAGGACAAAGAACCUCUUAUAAGCUUUCUGGAACCAAAAAAACCCCCAAACUCUGUGCUACCCCACUUUCCCUCACCUGCCAAUUUCCUUGGGCCAGAUACGGGGCUCCGUGGCUUGUGGAAUGCUUUCCACAGUAGUGGGGAGAAUGCAGAUUCUCUUCAGGCAGGAUUUGCCUUCCUGAAGGGCAGUGCCAGCAGUUCCUCAACUGACCAAACCCCCAGAACCCAAACCAUGCCAAAGGCUGAGACCAACCCAAACCUCGGGGGAGGGGCUGGUGCCCAAAGAACCCCAAGCGGGAGUUCUGCUGCUGCCACUGGUGGCAGCCAUGAACGUCGGAACUCUGAUAGUGACUGCAAAGUUCUCAUUACGGACACAUGCACUUUGCAAUCCAAUGGGCCAGACAUGAGCCAGUACCAUCCCAUCAAACGGGAACCUGGCACAUUAGGUGAAGAAAGCCCAGAACAGGAUGAGGAUGCUUACUCAAUUGGUGGUGGAGCAGAGAUGGAGGCAGAUGAGGAGGAGGAACAGGCCUUGGCGAUGACAGGCCAGCGGAUCGACAGCACCAGUAGCAACGAUUUCCCUCUCUUAAACCAAAGUAUUCCCCCCCUUUCCAACAGUGUGCGUAAGUUGAACAGUGACUGCAAAGAUUCUGCGUCCACCUCCUCUUCCUCCCUGCCUGUAUUUGAGAAGCAGGAGAUGGAUAAGAGCCGUUUUUCCACUGCCCUGGCAUCUGCCAGAGAGCGUGAGAGCAGUAACGACUCUACAAGUGAAGGCCUGACAGGACGGGAUGGUCUGUCACCAUCCUCCAACCCCCUUGACAUGAUGAUGUUGCGCAGAGAUGAUGAGAGUCCUGGUCCCCUACAUCAACACACAGGAAAUCCUAGUACUCCUGGAACUCCAGGGACUCCUGGGACUCCUGGUCCAGGUGAAGGGUCCCCAGGUAGCGGUGUGGAAUGCCCCAAGUGUGACACAGUCCUUGGAUCCUCGCGGUCCUUGGGAGGACACAUGACGAUGAUGCAUUCACGUAACUCCUGCAAGACACUGAAAUGUCCGAAGUGUAACUGGCACUAUAAGUACCAGCAGACACUCGACGCUCACAUGAAGGAAAAACAUCCAGAAUCUGGUGGAUCAUGUGUAUACUGCCGAACAGGACAGCCUCACCCUCGUUUAGCCAGAGGCGAAAGCUAUACCUGUGGAUACAAGCCUUUCCGCUGUGAGGUAUGCAAUUACUCAACUACCACCAAAGGAAACCUUAGCAUCCACAUGCAGUCGGACAAGCAUCUGAACAACGUGCAAACACUCCAGAAUGGUGGCAGUGAAGCACAAUACAACCACAACCAUGCCAACCCGGUGUCCAGUGCCAGCCUAAGUGUAGGCUGUGGUGCACCCUCACCGUCCAAGCCCAAACAGAAGCCCACUUGGCGCUGUGAGGUGUGCGACUACGAGACAAAUGUGGCGCGGAACUUACGAAUCCAUAUGACCAGCGAGAAGCACAUGCACAACAUGAUGCUGCUGCAGCAGAACAUGAAGCAGAUCCAACAUAGCCUCCAUCUGGGUCUGGCGCCAGCAGAAGCAGAGCUUUAUCAGUACUACCUGGCUCAGAACAUGGGUCUCACGGGAGUAAAACUGGAGAACCCAGCCGGCAGCAGUGGCCCAGAAGCGCAAAUGAUGAUCAACCCGUUCCAGCUAGAUCCUGCAACUGCUGCUGCACUUGGAUCGGGUCUAGUGAAUAGCGACAUUACGGCAGAGUUGCGUCUUGCCAGCAGUCAACUGAUGGCAGACGACCUAUCCCUGGUCUCCUCAGGUGGAAUGGGGGGCAUGUCCUCAGCAGACCCGUCCCUCUCCUCCUUGUCGCCACCUAUCAAUGACCCCUCGUUACGCCUGUAUCAGUGUGCUGUGUGCAACUGCUACUCCACGGACAGCCUGGAGGCCCUCAAUGCCCACGUCAAUGCUGAGCGCUCCCUGCCCGAAGAAGAGUGGCGCUGCGUGGUGGGUGACGUCUACCAGUGCAAGCUCUGCAGCUACAACACUCAGCUCAAGGCCAACUUUCAGCUGCACUGCAAGACGGACAAGCACAUGCAGAAACACCAGCUGGUGGCCCACAUCAAGGAGGGAGGUAAAGCCAACCAGUGGAGAUUAAAGUGCGUGGCCAUUGGCAACCCUGUGCACCUCAAGUGCAACGCCUGUGACUACUACAGCAACAGCGUGGAUAAACUGAGACUACAUGCCACCAACCAGAGGCAUGAGUCUUCCAUCCGCCUCUACAAGCACUUGCAGAAGCAGGACGGUGCGUACAGCCCGGAGUCGUGCGUCUACUACUGCACGCUGUGCGACUACUCCACCAAGGCCCGCCUCAACCUGGUCCAGCACGCCCGCUCAGCUCGCCACCAGCAGAACGAAGGGCUGAGGAAACUCCAGCUGCACCAGCAAGGCCUGGCAGGCGACGACGAUGGGCUGAGCUUCUACGAGCUCUUCCAGGUCAAGGAGUGUCCCACCAGCCAAGUAUCCCUCCUUUCAAGCCAUGGUCGAUUUAUGUUUCACCCACUACAGAUGGCGAAGCAUGUGCUCAGUACACCAGCUAUAUUCGCUGAAGAGACUGCUGAGGACAGCGAGAAACCUCCCCGCUCCUCCUCCAGGUCUGCGCUCAACCUGGCCGACCGAGACCUGACUGACAGCAGGAGAACCGACCGAGUGAAUGCCAUAUCCAAAGAGGUUACCAGCCUGAAUGCAGUGGUUAAACAUUCCCUCCUGCCAGAUCGACAAAUUGAAAGUCCACCCAAAAGGCCAAAGUCUGCUGAGGGCAAGACUUCAGCUAAUGACCAGGUUCAACAAUGUCCAUAUUGCAACUAUAGCAGUAAAGACGCCAACCGUAUGCAGCUCCACGUGAUGUCCCAGCAUUCCAUGCAGCCAGUGAUCCGCUGUCCACUAUGCCAGGAUGUCCUAAGCAACAAGAUUCACUUGCAGCUGCAUCUGACACACCUUCACAGUGUGGCUCCUGACUGUGUGGAAAAGCUCAUUCUGACCGUUGUUGGACCUGAUACGACGACACCCAACAAUGUAAUGCAUCCCCAGACUGAACAAGAGAAAAGUCUGUCUUUUAUGGAUUCUUCUACUUCUCUGUCUGAUGGGUCAGGCAAGUCUCAAGGAAGUAUCUCAAAGGAUGAACGGACCAAUCCAGAAAAGAACGAAUUAGAGCUGCAAGCUGAGGAACUCAAGCCCCCAAAGGAGGCCUCAGAAGCCCCAGACUGGAAGAGAACGACUGCGUUAGGACAUGAUAGCAAAUCUCCUGAUAACCUACAAGACCAUCUCAGUGAGCUCCAAAGACUCCAGCAACAACAGCAGCAGCUCUCCGUAUCUGAUCGUCAUGUCUACAAAUAUCGUUGCAACCACUGCAGCCUGGCCUUCAAGACGAUGCAGAAGCUUCAGAUACAUUCUCAGUACCAUGCCAUCAGAGCAGCCACUAUGUGCAGUCUUUGCCAGCGUAGCUUCAGGACAUUCCUGGCCCUCAGGAAGCAUCUGGAAAAUGGACACCCAGAGCUUAGCGAGGCUGAGGUGCAGCAGCUCAUAGGGAAUCUGCCACUAAAUGGCGAUAUCACUGAAAGUGAAGCCAGGGCCUUGGAGGAAGCUCAUGCUUUUGAACAUGACUUGGACAAAGAUGAUGAAAUGGACCAGGAAGAGAAGCCCAGUCCAACAGGAAGUGACAGUAGCUCCGUGCUUGAUGACAUGGGGGCAGAGCCAAAGCGGACCCUACCAUUUAGAAAAGGGCCCAACUUCACAAUGGAGAAAUUCUUGGACCCCUCUCGACCUUAUAAAUGCACAGUAUGCAAGGAGUCCUUCACCCAGAAGAACAUCCUACUGGUUCACUAUAAUUCAGUUUCCCACCUGCAUAAAUUGAAGAAGGUCCUUCAAGAGGCAUCAAGCCCAGUACCACAAGAGACGGCUAACAGCAUUGACAACAAACCAUUCAAAUGCAAUGUCUGCAAUGUUGCCUACAGCCAAAGCUCGACACUUGAAAUUCACAUGAGGUCAGUACUCCACCAGACCAAAGCCAGGACGGCCAAAGCUGAUAUGAGCAGCACCUGUAACUCUGGCAGCAGUGUUCCAGCACCUGCAAAAAGUCCCAGUCCAAGUGCACCAGUUAAUGCUAGCACCUCAGACACUGCUAGAAGUGGCACACCCUCUUCUAACAAAGAAAACACUGUGGAACCCAAAGAACAAAGCAACAGCAACAACACAAAGCAAACAGCAACUACUGACCAUGUUUCAGCACAGGCAAACAGCCAUCAGUCAAUGCAGUCUGCCCAACUGCAGCUGCAACUUCAGCAUGAACUCCAACAACAAGCUGCCUUCUUUCAGCCCCAGUUCCUCAAUCCAGCUUUCUUCCCUCAUUUUCCCAUGACCCCAGAGGCACUGCUGCAGUUUCAGCAGCCACAAUUCCUUUUCCCCUUUUACAUACCAGGAGCAGAGUUCAACCUAAAUCCAGAACUUGCUCUUCACUCCGCAGCAGCUUUUGGAAUGCCUGGCCUUACAGGAUCGUUCCUAGAAGACCUGAAGCAGCAGAUGCAACAACAACACCAGUUACAGCAGGCACAGGCCCAGCAGCAACAACAGCAGCAGCAGCAGCAGCAGCAGCAGCAGCAGGCAUCUCAGACGCAAAUGCACCAACAGAAAAACCACCAACUGCAGAACCCCAAACCUAAAAUGGAGUCUAAUGCUGUGUCAGAAAUACAGAUGUCAAGAGAGGCAGAAGACCACCUAGAAAAACAAGAAAACAGAGCAAAGAUGGAAAAUGCAGGAGAUGCAAUAAGUGAUGGAGGGAAGGACAACAGAGACCCCAAAAAGUCAACAUUUUCAGAACCAUUAAUUCCCCCUCCACGUAUUGUGUCGGGAGCAAGAGGCAAUGCAGCCAAAGCUUUAUUAGAGAACUUUGGUUUUGAGCUGGUCAUCCAGUACAAUGAAAACAGACAAAGAAACCAAAAGAAAAACAGAGAUGGAGUUGAACAAGUGGAAAUGAAUACUGAUAAGCUCGAGUGUGGGAUGUGUGGAAAGCUUUUCUCUAAUAUGCUGAUUCUUAAAAGCCACCAGGAACAUGUGCACAGUCAGUUUUUCCCAUAUGUGGAGCUUGAAAAGUUUGCACAGCAGUACAGAGAGGCGUACGACAAACUGUAUCCAAUAAAUCCCGCUUCACCUGAGACUCCCCCGCCUCCGCCACCACCGCCUCCUCCACCUCCUCCCACAGCCCCAGCUCCAGUGACAACACCCCAGCCCUCUUCCUCAUCAGUCUCAAAGCCACAAACACCAGUACCAUCACCAGUUCCUGUUUCCCAUCAAACUGCGCACCAGCCCUCUCACCAGACACAGACACCGCAGCCACCACCCCCUCCUCCACCACCUUCUGCCCCACCUGCUCCAUCCCAAGUGCAGCUUCCUGUUCCCUUAGAUCUGCCCCUUUUCCCACCUCUAAUGAUGCAGUCUGUCCAGCACCCAGGCCUUCCCCCUCAACUGGCCCUUCAGCUGCCCACUAUGGACUCUCUCUCCUCAGACCUUACACAGCUUUGUCAGCAGCAGUUGGGACUAGAUCCAAACUUCCUCCGCCAGUCUCAGUUUAAGCGGCCACGCACCCGUAUCACUGAUGAACAGCUCAAGAUUCUCCGUGCAAACUUUGAUAUUAAUAAUUCCCCCAAUGAAGAGCAAAUUCAGGAGAUGUCAGAAAAGUCUGGCCUGCCCCAGAAAGUCAUAAAACACUGGUUCCGUAACACCCUCUUCAAAGAAAGGCAGCGGAGUAAAGACUCUCCCUACAAUUUUAACAUUCCUCCUAUUACAACGUUGGAAGAUAUUCGAAUGGAGCCGCAGAUCAGUGCACAUGAGUACUAUAGAACUGACGCAACCAUCAACAAGAGGUCCUCCAGAACCAGAUUUACUGAUUACCAGUUGAGGGUACUUCAAGAUUUCUUUGACACUAAUGCUUAUCCAAAGGAUGAUGAGAUUGAGCAGCUCUCCACUGUACUCAACUUACCAACUCGAGUCAUCGUGGUGUGGUUCCAGAAUGCCCGUCAGAAAGCCCGUAAGACCUAUGAGAACCAGGCAGAUUGUAAGGACAGUGAGAAAAAAGAGCUAACCAAUGAGCGAUACAUCAGAACCAGUAACAUGCAGUAUCAGUGUAAAAAGUGCAACAUUGUGUUCCCACGUAUCUUUGACCUGAUCACUCACCAGAAAAAGCUGUGUUACAAGGAUGAAGAUGAGGAGGGUAUUGAUGAAAUCCCCUGUGAGGAAUACCUAGAUAAUCCUGAGCAAAGCAAAAUGACCCAUUAUUCUUUAGAGCCACACAAACAAUUCCAGCCGGGAACUGCCAACAGUUCUGGCUCAAGUUCCCCUGUGAUGGCCUCUCCUCAUAUGACCAUGGGGAAAUCUUCCCCGAAACCAGACAUUGCCCCUGAAACUGAGGUAAAACAAACUGAGACUGCACCCUCACCAGUGAUUAAGUCCCUACCAGAACCCAGACCAUCUAAGGCUUGCACACCUCAGCCACCUCCUCAGAAAGCUCCUCAGCAACAAUUGUCAAGACCCCAUUCCCAACCUCAAGCAGCUGCAGUGCCCUCAAGCCCACUUUCCCUCGCUCUUUCCUCACUCACGAACAGUCUGCCCCACCAGCUGCUUCAGUACCAAUGUGACCAGUGUAAGAUUGCAUUCCCCACUGUGGAACUAUGGCAGGAGCACCAGCACAUGCAUUUUUUGGCUGCCCAGAACCAAUUUCUUCACUCUCAGUUCCUUGAAAGACCCAUAGAUAUGCCAUAUAUGAUAUUUGACCCCAACAACCCGCUAAUGGCAAACCAGUUGUUAUCUGGAGGGUUGUCCCAAAUUCCCUCUCAGGGUAGUUCCAGUAUGGCCUCCACUGUGGGCUCUGGGGCAAUGAAAAGAAAACUGGAUGACAAGGAAGAAAAUCCUAAUGAUAAAGAUGGUGGAAACAGUAGUGAAGAGCAACACAGAGAUAAACGUUUGAGAACCACCAUAACACCGGAACAGUUAGAGAUUUUGUAUGACAAAUAUCUACUUGACUCAAACCCAACAAGGAAGAUGCUGGAUCACAUUGCACGAGAAGUUGGCUUGAAAAAGAGAGUUGUUCAAGUUUGGUUCCAAAACACUCGUGCAAGAGAAAGAAAGGGGCAGUUUCGGGCUAUAGGGCCCUCCCAGUCCCACAAGAAAUGCCCCUUUUGUAGAGCACUGUUCAAGGCAAAAUCUGCUCUAGACAGCCACAUACGAUCAAGACAUUGGCAUGAGGCCAAGCAAGCAGGCUUUAGCUUACCUCCAAGCCCCAUGAUGAAUCAAGACCAUGAGAGAGGGGAAAGCCCAAAUAAGUAUAGCUUCUUUGACCACCCACAGCUGCCUACUAAGACUGAGCCAAAUGAGUAUGAGCUGCCUGCUGCAUCCUCAACUCCAGUCAGACCAACUGAGUCGCAGGUAAAAAACUUCUUAAGCCCUUCAUCCUUAAAAGCUGAAAACUGUGAUGAAACUGAAGGGCCUAAUUAUAAUUCAGCCGAAGCGUCAUCCUAUGAUCUCAGUAAGAUGGACUUCGAUGAGACGUCGUCAAUUAACACAGCCAUUAGUGAUGCUACAACCGGAGAUGAGUGUAAUAACAAUGAGGUUGAGAGCCUGACCGCCAAUGGAGGGGACAAAAUGGGUGACAGCAAAAGUGGCCAUGUUCCAAAUUCUGAUAGUGGCAGUGAAAGGUUCCAAUUCAGCAUGGUGAGCCCUGCUCUCAGCUUUUCUGGAAAUGACUCUUACUACGGCUCCAGAGAUGAUGACAUGGAUGAAUUCAAUGACAUAAGUGAAUCAUCAAGCCUAACUGAUCCCAGUUCCCCUAGUCCUUUUGGGGCAGGCAAUCCCUUCAAUAAAUCUGGGAAAGGCAGCAAUGCCGGGGAUCGACCAGGCCACAAACGAUUCAGGACCCAGAUGAGCAAUCUUCAACUGAAAGUACUUAAAGCCUGUUUUAGUGACUAUCGCACUCCUACAAUGCAAGAGUGUGAGAUGCUGGGCAAUGAGAUUGGACUUCCCAAGCGUGUUGUCCAGGUGUGGUUCCAGAAUGCUCGUGCUAAAGAAAAGAAAUUCAAGAUCAACAUUGGAAAGCCAUUCAUGAUCAGCCAAGGUUCACCAGAGGGACCCAGACCUGAGUGUACACUGUGUGGUGUAAAGUAUACUGCCCGGAUGUCUGUCAGAGACCACAUCUUCUCCAGGCAGCACAUCGCCAAAGUGCAAGAGACCCUGGGAAACCAGGUGGAUAGAGAAAAGGACUACCUAGCACCAACCACUGUCCGUCAGCUGAUGGCCCAGCAAGAACUGGACCGGAUGAAGAAAGCUGGUGAGGGACUCAGCCUGCCUGGCCAGCAGCAACAGACUUCAGUGGAUAACAAUAAUGCACUUCAUGGCCUUAGCCUACCCUCAGGCUACCCAGGGUUAUCUGGCCUUCCACCAGUUCUACUUCCUGGGGUUAACGGGCCAUCAUCACUUCCUGUUUUUCCACCCAACACACCUGCUUUAGCGUCUCCCGGUGCUGGCAUGCUUGGGUUCCCUACACCAGCCACCCCCUCUCCUGCCAUGUCUCUCAGCACUACCCCAACCAAGACUCUUCUGCAGACUCCUCCUCCUCCUCCUCCUCCACCUCCUCCUCCUCCUCCUGUUCCCUCCACAUCUUUGGCAGCAGUAAACCAGACAGAGCAGCAAGGCAAAGACUCAGAGAGAGACAGCAGCAAGAAACAUGGAGACAAGCCACCUCAAAUGAAGAUGAAGGACAGAGAGAACGAGAGCUGCUCACGCCCGGACACCCCCAGUUUGGCCAAAAAAAGGGAGAAACCAGGUCCAGCUCCGGGGAAACCAGGAAGUGAGGCUUCACUAGAUGCCACACAGCUUCAAGCGCUUCAGAAUGCUCUUGCUACAGGUGAUCCCAGCUCUUUAUUGGGAGGGCAGUUUCUGCCCUACUUUCUUCCUGGAUUUCCCAAUUGCUUCUCUCCCCAGCUUCCCAGAGGGGUCCAGACAGGGGGCUACUUUCCACCACUGUGCGGAAUGGAGAGCCUGUUUCCAUACGGCCCAGCAGCAGUUCCACAAGCUGCCAUGGCCGCAGGUCUCUCCUCAACUGCUCUCCUGCAGCAGUAUCAGCAGUACCAGCAGUCCCUUCAGGAUUCACUGCAGAAGCAACAACAACAGCAGCAGAAACAACUUGAGCAGCAGCAGAAACUACAACAACAGCAGCAGCAGAAGCAGCAGCAGCAACAAAAGCCAGCCCCUGUGAAAACACCUAAUAGCGUACAUAGCACCACAACCAACUCCUUCAAACAAAAAGAAGCUAUAGAUGCUAAGGAUAACAACAACAAAGGCUCUUCAACAGAAAGCACAAAAGAAGAACCGAAAACAGAUACCAAAAGUACCAUGGAUUUUCCAGAUGCUUUUAUUGUACCGUCCGUCAAGCAUGAGUUUAUAUGCAGGAAGUGCCAGAUGAUUUUUGCUGACGAAGAUUCAGUGUUGCGUCAUCAGAAGUCCUUCUGUUACUUCGGACAUGCUUUUACUGACCCGCAAGACACAGUGCUUCGAAAGGCAGUGAGCAACUACACUUGUGUUGCCUGCAAUGUGGUUGUUAAUGGAAAUGAAGCACUUGGCCAACACCUUCAGUCGAGCUUGCACAAAGAGAAAACAAUCAAACAAGCAAUGAGAAAUGCCAAAGAGCAUACUAGAUUAUUACCUCACUCUGUCUGCUCCCCUACUCCUAACACCACAUCUACCUCGCAGUCUGCAGCUUCUUCUAAUAACACCUUUCCUCAUCUCUCUCGCUUGCCCAUGAAGUCCUGGCCAAAUGUCCUGUUCCAGGCCACCACAGCCCGGAAAGCUGCUUCCUCCUCCCCGUCUGCCUCUCCCCCUCCCCCCCUCUCCUCACCGUCAACGGUUACCUCAACUUCCUGCAGCACCUCAGGGGUUCCAACCUCACUACCCACCGAGAGUUGUUCAGAUGAGUCUGACAAUGAGCUAAGCCAGAAGCUGGAUGACUUAGAUAAUGCGUUGGAAGUCAAGGCUAAGCCGGCCUCUGGCCUAGACGCAAGCUUCAGUAGUAUCAGAAUGGAUAUGUUCAGUGUGUAGGAGUGACAAAAGGAUCCCUUGCUUAAAGAAAAAAAAAAAUAAGACUUUUUAAACUGCAGUUCCAAAGUUUCUCUUAACCCAAAAAAUUACAGUACCAAAUGAUUGACUCAGGAUUGUUUUUCCCAUAUUGAUAUGCUGGCAAGAUAUCGAUUGAUUUUUGUUAUGGACAGAACUGUUGCAGAUGCUUGACUGAGCUUAUAUUGUAUACAAAAACAUGGAGUAGGAAAAAAAUCCCACAGGCUCCCUUGGGGAGCUUGUUUCAAGCCAAAAACUCUCACGAUAGCAAAUUGCACCUCAGCUGGAUUGUUUUCCAAAUGCUAGCAUGUACUGUAUGGGAUGACGAUCCAGAACCCUCAAAGAGAAUCUCUCUUAGUUUAGAUAGGUGUAAUUCAGUAGCUUUAAAUUCUCAGGUCAGAACAUAACAUUUCUCAUUUGUUAAAGCAGCAACAAGCCUGGGUACACUUGGCUUAUAACCAAAACAUGUCAAGCUUUAUUGGACGCAUUUCCUUGAUGUGUAUAGAGUACCAAGAGACAAUAUUACUGUUACAAUGGACGAUGUGCAUAUCCUUUUAGUUUUGCCCUACAAAGACAGUAUGGUUUUGCCACUGAGGGAAUUUAGAAUGGUGAAGUAAAUGUGUAUGAUGCCCCUGUGUUUGCCAGUUUGUAUUACAACAAGCUGUAUCUAUUUCCCACCCCUUUUUUUCUUGUAGUAUAUACUAAUCUGUGCCAACUCUUACCUUCUCACUUUUACCUCUGCUCACACCCUUUUCUGAAGAGGUAAUAACUCUAGUUUUGAUAGACUCAAAUUAUGUGAAUAUAACAUUUUUCAUUUGUGAAUUGCUGUACUGUUACGGUACCUGCUUGUGUCUGGACUAUAGUGCACUUACUUUGUUUUUAUUUGUCUUUUUAUUUUUUGAGUAGGCCAUUUGUUAAUUUAAUAGAGUUUUUCUGUUUGUAUGUAUGUACGUAUGUAUGUGUUUUAAUUAUUAUUUGUGUCUAUUGCAGCAGCAUAUUGGUCCAUAUUUGUUACAGGAUUGAUGCCUAACAAUCUAGAGACCUAUUUAACAAUUGGUGCAUCAAAGAAAGCAGUACUGUAUACUUGAAACUGUUAAGGUACAAGUUGGUCACAAUGUUAAAAAUGGUAUGAUCAUUUGCUACACGUUUGCAAAUAUGCUGCUUUAAGAGGGGGGACAACAGCAUUUGUGUUGUAUAUUAAAAACCUUUUCAUGUACUUGUAGGAUUUAAAACAGUGUUACACCUGUACGCAGCCAUUUAGUGCAUAGGUUAAUGUCCUCCCAUACAUUUUCCGGGCACUUCUAAUCAUCUACAGUUGAAGUCCACAUUUGAAUUUUUCCACAUUUAGUUAUUUCAACAGUGCAAAGUAUUACCAUACAACAUUUGCUGCUACUGUGUAAUUUUAAUUUGCUUGCCAUAAAUUCUCUCAAGUUUCAACCAGACAAAAUACUGACUCCUUAAUUGCUUUGCUUAGCUUUUUUUUUUCUUUUUUUUUUCCUUUGCUGUGGAACUAAGAAUGUGAAAGCUGUCAAAGGGUGUUCAAUUUUUUACGAAUCACUUUCUAGUUUGGUAUCCAGUGUGAUUCAUUCCAAAGUAACAGAAGGCUAUUUGUAUGAAAGAAAAAGGCUUGUGAACAAAGAAAGCUAAGCUGUUGUACAUAUUCGUAGUUGGCUGUGCAUGGUACAAAUUUAUUAAUAUGAAGAAAUGCAAAAAUGUAUUGCUUUUGGUAUUUCCUAUUCUGAAAUGAGCAAGUAGCAUGUAAUGCAACUGUUUGACAGGUUAAAUCAAAUCAUGCUUAGUUAUUGUUUCAAACAAUGAAAUCAAGUAACAUUUCCUCCUAUGUUUUAUUAAUGUAAAAGUGUUUUUUUGUUUGUUUUGUUUUUCAACGUUUUAAAGCAAAAUGUCAGUUUUUAUUUUUCUGCGUGGGCUUUUUAAAUGUCAUUAUUUGGAUUUUUAGUAUUUUACAUUUACUUUAUUCCUGAAGACACUUUUCGAUUGUGUUUCAUAAGAGACAUCCUGGCCUCCCAAGGUGCAAUUCUGCCAUUGUACAAACAUAAGCGACUGUCCUGAUUCCAAAGGCUUUCACAACUUUGGCUUUUUGCCUUUCCCCACUUUGUGGCUCAGCAUUAUAAGACUGAACUGUCAGCUAACAUCAUGUGCUAAGAUGUUAGCAUCAGACAGGAUGCUUUCCACACCAAGAACUGGUAAAAGCUAACAAACCAACAAAAAGGAUGGUCCAACAAUAUAACUGUACAUAGAUAUUGCAACUGCACAGCAGCCAAAAAGAAAAAAAAAAGAACUUUUUAAAAAACAAUGGAUGGAUUGUGUCAUGUUUAUGGGGACAGCCUUCAAAAGGCUGGAAUUGGAAUUGUUCUUCUGGAUGUCAAAGGGAUUUUCAUGGCGCAAUCAUAUCCUACACAAUAUGUACUCUACAACAUCUGGGUUACAUAGGAAAUGCACCCUGAGGUUUUAAUAAGAAGAAGCCCCUAUGGCUAAAACUUUAAAUAAACUAAACCAAAAAUGUUAUUGAUGUUUUAUAUAUAGAGAGUAGUCGCAUUAGUUUUUGUUACUGUACUGUUUGAGGUCUCAACUGUACCGUAUCACGGUAAUAACAUGGUUUUGAAACCUUUUUUUUAUUUUGUCACAGACCUGUUGUCAUAGUUGAAAUGACGUUUAUUGUAGAUGGUAUUUGAACAACUUCUGGAAAUAGUUCAUCAAGUAUGUUUGUUGCUCAUUGUUGUGAUACAUUAAAAACUGUAUCUGCAAACCA